ACUCCAGCGCACAUCCACUCCUCUUUUCCACUACACAUUCAGCCUUGCAAUAGACGCGCCUGCGCCACACUAUCAGUCCCGCCAACAGCCACCUCGCCGUGUCGCCAACCGCAGCCAUGACUACCUCCAUGACUACCUCCAUGACUACCUCCACCCCAACGACAACGUACCCCUAUUCAUACACUACAUUUACCAAUGCGUCACCAACCCCCUUCACAACGCCAUCGGCCUUACCAUCCAUGUUCCCAUGGGGCGGCCUCCCAUCCAGCGCAUGCCCCGUUCCAUCCAACGCCCCCUCGUCUGACCCAGACGUGCCCUAUAUCCGCCCCGAUGGCCAGCUCGGCAGCUGCGUAAUCAGCAACGUCGAAUCCGUCAAUGACCACUCCUUCUGGGACAUGUACGACUGCUGCAAGACGGGCAAGAUGACCGCAACCGGCUCUACCUUGCCCUGCACUUCGAUUUGCUAUGCAAACGAACAGCGCAGUUUCCUCGAGAUUGGCGAGUGUCUGAGCAAGAGGAACAAGAUUGUCGUGUGCAGUCCGCCCGAGGAUCAGAGGGGCGAGCCACAGAGUUCGGGCUCGCAUUCGAGCUCGACAAGUGCGAGUGCUACCAAGGCGGAUACUACCGUCGUGAGCGCGAGGCCUACGGCGACGGCGGCCCAGGGCGCGGCGAAUACAGUUGCGGGUGGGCAGGGUGCGGCAUCCAAGGCUGGGUUGGUGGUGUUUGGCCUCAUGGCAUUGUCGUCUGCUGCAGGCAUGCUGCUGUAAUCGUUGCGAUUGAUUGAAGUGGUGCGUUUUCCAGCAGAUUGUUUCAAUGUAUGUAUAUAUGUAAUAUCAGUUUCCAUAGUGGUUACUUUGGGAGGGGGGUUCAAGUUCCUUCUUUGUCCAACUACUUGGCUUUAAUUCUAUAGAAACAUAAGAAAUUGAAGAAGAUUUUUGACACUGUUCUGCAUCUC